GGAUGUGCAUGAGGAUAUGUUAUGUGCACUUUUGUUGCCAACCAACACCCCAGCUGCAGAACUAUUCAAGUCUUUGAAUGAUUACUUAUCAGGAAAACUGAAUUGGUCAUUUUGUGUCGGUAUAUGCACAGACGGAGCAGCUGCCAUGACUGGACGGCUUUCUGGUUUCACUACUUGGGUCAAGGAGGUCACUUCUGAAUGUGAGUCUACACACUGUGUCACGCAUAGAGAAAUGCUGGCUAGCCAAAAAAUGUCACCUGAACUAAGCAACCUUUUGCAGGAUGUGAUUAAAAUUAUCAACCACAUUAAAGUACAUGCCCUUAAUUCAUGUCUGUUUGCAUGGCUCUGUGAGGAGAAGGACUCAGAGCACAUGCAUCUUCUCUUACACACAGAAGUGAGAUGGUUUUCUGAAGGUAGAUCGCUGGCCAGAGUUUUUGAGUUACAAGAGCCACUCCAGAAAUUUCUUUUAGAAAAACAGUCACCACUGGGAGCACAUUUCAGUGGCACAGAAUGGGUGGCAAAACUUGCUUACUUGUGUGAUAUAUUCAACCUUCUCAAUGAACUCAAUCUGUCAUUUCAGAGGAGAACGACAACUGUGUUCAAGUCAGCAGGUAAAGUGGCUGCAUUCAAAGCCAAAGUGGAAUUAUGGGGGCAACAAGUGAACACUGGGAUUUUUGACAUGUUUCAAACAUUAGCAGAGAUUUUGAAAGAGACUGAGCCAGGCCCUUCUUUCUCCCAGCUGGUGCACGGUCACCUAUCUCAGCUUUCAAAAGAGUUUCAGCAUCACGUCCCAACCACAAAAGACCCCCAAACUGGGAAGGAGUGGAUCUGUGACUGAUUAGUGAAUAAGGCAGGUGAAUCAACUUUGUCUAUGCUAGAAGAGGAUCAGCUGCCUGAGAUCGAAAAUGGCUGUGGCCUUAAAAGUAUGUUUGAGACAACUUCAAAUCUCCAUACAUUCUGGAUUAAGGUCAAGGCAGAAUAUACUGAGAUUGCCACAAAAGCACUGAAAAGCCUGCUUCCAUUUCCAACAUCCUAUCUUUGUGAAGCAGGGUUUUCUGCAGCGACAGCAACCAAAACAAGAUUAUGGAGUAGACUGGACAUAAGCAACACAC